AUGCGGGUCAACGCCCGGCCCAUGAAGGCGGCCAUGGAAACGAUCCUGGAUCCCCUCAACUUGGACCCGUGCAUGCUGAGAGCUGGUGCCCCAAAGCCGGCUGCGGCUGGCUUGUCUGGUGACAUCCUGCGCGCCCACGACGCUUACAACGAGCAGCAGGCGGCAGGCCCAAAGGCUGCGGCGUUGUCGGCACGGGGCUCGACGUCUGGCUCUAAGGUCAACCGCGCCGAGAAGAAGGCGCUCUCUGAGAUGACCUUCAACACGCCCAAGGAGAAGGCAGCUCGCUACAGCUCCGGCCUCAUACGCACCGUCGAUCUUUUGUUGCGCCGCCGUACUUCAGGCGCCGAAGUGAAGAAGGAGCUGAAGGACGUGGCUGGCAUCCUCAUGGACAUGCCGCAGUGCGCGGAAGAGCUUGCGGGGGCGCUUCGGGACAGCCAGGGCCAGCUGACUGCGCUGAACGCCCAGCUGCCCGGCGGCUUUUUGCUCUCUGGCCUCGCCACUUUCGAGGAGCUCACCCCGAUCUGCGCCGACAUCGCUGUGGCCGUUGACAAGCUGCGCCUCAUCAAGGGGCAGAGCAAGGGCCUUCUUGCGGAGCUCAAGAAGCGGCUGGCAGGUGCUGCCACUGCGGGAGAUGCCACGAUCACGGUCACCUCCGAGCUGGGCGACAUAUACAGCUCGCCGGUGUUGUCUGGCUACAACUCGCGCUCGCUGCGGGAAGGCGAGUUCCACCGCCGCGUUGCCGGGGCAGGCUUUGCACUCAAUGUGCGCCCUGUGUGGGUGGACUGCCCCAUAUGCACAGAAGAGGAUGAGGUUGAUAUCUCGCAGCUCCCCGUGCUCCUGCCGUCAGCUGUGGCCAGCGCCCUGCUAACCUCCAAACUGCUGCAGCAGGUCAUAGUUGACCGGUCCCACCUCCGGCUCUAUUGGCAGCACAUGCUGCUGGACUAUCCUCGCCAUGAGCUUUGCGACCAGCCUGAGGAGAACCUUGAGCGGGCGAUCCCCAUAGUCUUGUGGGGCGACGAGGGCACCAGCAACAGGAUGGUCGAUGUCAGCUUGCUCCGGCACAACUCCAAGGCUUCGCGCAACAUAGUGUUCGCUUGCCCGACCAACGCCUACAUGAUCCACCAAAAGGUGAACCAGACCUUGCAAGCUCUUCUGCGUGCUGUGCAGCAAGACUUCGUUGCUUUGGCCCAAGGCCUGCAGGUUUUCACUCUGCACGUGGUUGCGGUGAAGGGGGACCUGAAGUACUUGGCGCAAGCCAUGAACUUUUCGCGGUUUCCAGGCUGCGAGGAGGUGUGCUUUCGCUGCACCGCUUCUAUGGGCCGCAAGGACAUCAGCACGGUCUACACUGACAUUUCCCCGCAAGCGGGCUGGCGUGAGGGGCCUGCUGCACCUCCGUACUUUGAGCUUCCGCCGCUCAGCGAGAUGCCCAACUUCACUCUACGCAUGGUCAGCGCAGACUUCAUGCACACCUGGAAUUUAGGUGUGGCUCGUGACUUGAUAGGAUCAUGUCUCAAGAUAUGCCUGAAAACGCAGUUUUGGCCUGGCCCGAAUUUGUCGCAGAGGUUCAAACAACUUCAGCGCGACAUCAACCUUUUCAAGAAGCAGCGCGGCUUGCAGAUGCACCUUCAGCAGAUUAAACCGUCUCGCCUUGGAUGGGCUGGCGCAGAUGUCUGCCCAGAGUACAAAAGCUCGGCUUCGGAUGCCGCUGUUAUGGUACGGUUUUUAGCCUACAAGCUAAGCUUGAAGGCAGCCCCUCCGCCGUACGAGGGCUUGUCUGCGUGCCUGUACAGCGCCAAUAUGCUUCAAGAAGCCGUCACUCGUGGCAGCUGCUUCCUUAACCCUGCGGAAGUCGAGAAAAUCUCGCUUUGUGGGAAUGCAUUCUUGUCCUCGUACUUGCAGCUGGCCCACUUAGCUUCUUCCCGUAGGGACUACUACUUUAAGCUGCGUCCCAAGUUUCAUAUCCUGCAGCACAUCAUUUCUGAUGCUGCAGACAGACCUAGCCAUCGCAAUCCUGGCUGGGAUAGUUGCUGGCUGGACGAGGAUUGGGUGAAAACCAAUCUUCGCAUGCUUCGUAGGAUGUCGCCUAGGACCUGUUGCGAGAACUUGCUUCAGCGGCACAUGCUUCUAGUGAAGCAGGAGCUGAGCAAGCACUUGGCCAGCUGUGUGUAA